AGCCCGGGGCGCUGGGAUGCGUCUUCCCCCAGCCUCGGCCGCCACUGGGGAUUGCAGCGCCCGGCUCUGCGCCUCGCCGCGAUGGCUCGCUUCGGAGAGGAGCUGCCCAGCCGCUAUGGAGGCGGAGGUCCGGCCGGGGCCGGCCGGGGCAGCAGCCGGCAAGGCGGCCCCCAGCCCGGCCAGAGGGUAUACAAGCAGUCCAUGGCUCAGCGAGCCCGGACCAUGGCUCUCUACAACCCCAUCCCCGUCAAGCAGAACUGCUUCACCGUCAACAGAUCCCUCUUCAUCUUCAGCGAAGAUAACGUUAUACGGAAAUAUGCCAAGCGAAUAACGGAGUGGCCUCCAUUUGAAUACAUGAUUUUAGCCACUAUUAUAGCCAACUGUAUCGUGCUGGCUUUGGAGCAGCAUCUACCAGAUGGAGACAAGACACCCAUGUCGGAGAGACUGGAUGACACUGAGCCGUACUUUAUUGGAAUAUUUUGUUUUGAAGCUGGCAUAAAAAUCAUCGCUCUGGGGUUUGUUUUUCAUAAAGGCUCUUACCUCCGAAAUGGCUGGAAUGUGAUGGAUUUUGUUGUGGUCCUCACAGGAAUUCUAGCCACUGCUGGGACUGACUUUGACCUACGGACCCUGCGAGCCGUCCGAGUAUUAAGACCACUGAAGCUUGUGUCAGGAAUCCCAAGUUUACAGGUUGUCCUCAAGUCCAUCAUGAAGGCUAUGGUGCCCUUGCUUCAGAUCGGGCUGCUUCUAUUCUUUGCUAUUGUGAUGUUCGCCAUUAUCGGACUGGAGUUCUACAUGGGGAAGUUUCAUAAAACAUGCUUCUCCAAUGAGACAGGUGAGGAGGUGGGAGAUUUUCCCUGUGGAGAGGAGCUUCCGGCCAGGCAAUGUGAGAGUGGAAGCACAUGCAGGAAGUACUGGCAAGGCCCCAACUAUGGAAUCACCAACUUUGACAAUAUCCUGUUUUCCGUGUUAACUGUCUUCCAGUGUAUCACCAUGGAAGGCUGGACUGACAUCCUCUACAACACCAAUGAUGCAGCAGGAAAUACCUGGAACUGGCUCUACUUCAUCCCUCUCAUCAUCAUUGGCUCUUUCUUCAUGCUCAACUUGGUGCUGGGCGUCUUAUCAGGUGAAUUUGCCAAAGAGCGUGAGAGGGUGGAAAACCGCCGAGCCUUUCUGAAGCUCCGUAGGCAGCAGCAGAUUGAACGAGAGCUAAAUGGGUACUUGGAAUGGAUCUUUAAGGCAGAAGAGGUGAUGCUGGCAGAAGAAGAUAAGAACGCUGAAGAGAAGUCCCCUCUGGAUGUGUUGAAAAGAGCUACGAUAAAGAAGAGCAAAAAUGAUCUGAUACAUGCUGAAGAAGGUGAGGAUCAUUUCACAGACAUUUGCUCUGUUGGGUCUCCAUUUGCUCGUGCCAGUCUGAAGAGUGGGAAGAAUGAAAGUUCCUCAUAUUUCCGGAGGAAAGAGAAGAUGUUCCGGUUCUUUAUCCGGCGCAUGGUGAAAGCACAAAGCUUCUAUUGGAUCGUCCUCUGUGUCGUUACUCUGAACACCCUGUGCGUUGCCAUGGUGCAUUAUGCCCAGCCAGAGAAACUCACCACUGCUUUGUAUUUUGCAGAGUUUGUAUUCCUGGGUCUGUUCCUUACUGAGAUGUCCUUGAAGAUGUAUGGACUGGGGCCAAGAAAUUAUUUCCACUCCUCAUUCAACUGCUUUGACUUUGGGGUGAUUGUGGGGAGUAUUUUUGAAGUUAUCUGGGCUGCAGUGAAGCCUGGUACCUCAUUUGGCAUCAGUGUAUUGAGGGCUCUUCGACUGCUGAGGAUUUUCAAAGUAACCAAAUAUUGGAACUCCCUGAGAAACCUGGUAGUGUCCUUGCUGAACUCCAUGAAAUCCAUCAUCAGUUUGCUCUUCCUGCUGUUCCUGUUCAUCGUGGUGUUUGCUUUGCUGGGGAUGCAGCUCUUUGGAGGACAGUUUAAUUUUCAAGAUGAAACACCUACCACAAACUUUGAUACUUUCCCUGCUGCCAUCCUCACUGUGUUUCAGAUACUGACUGGUGAAGACUGGAACGCGGUGAUGUAUCAUGGGAUAGAGUCACAGGGCGGUGUCCACUCAGGAAUGUUCUCUUGCAUUUACUUCAUCGUCCUGACAUUGUUUGGUAACUACACACUCCUGAAUGUCUUCCUGGCUAUUGCUGUUGACAAUCUUGCAAAUGCACAAGAGUUGACAAAGGAUGAAGAGGAAAUGGAAGAAGCUACAAAUCAAAAGCUUGCUCUUCAGAAGGCCAAGGAGGUAGCAGAAGUCAGUCCCAUAUCUGCUGCUAACAUUUCCAUAGCAGCCAAGCAGCAGAACUCCUCCAAAUCCAAGUCUGUUUGGGAACAGAGGACCAGCCAGAUCCGAAUGCACAAUUUCCGAGCCAGCUGCGAGGCACUGUACAAUGAGCUCGACCCAGAGGAGCGGGUGCGCUAUGCCACCACCCUACACAUCCGACCAGACAUGAAAACUCAUUUGGAUCGGCCUCUGGUGGUAGAGCCAAGGACUGAAGGUCGGAACAAUGUCAAUAAGCUAAGCCCUGGAGAUGUUCAGGAGAUUGAGCAGACCAAGACCAUCUCUGCUGAGUGUGCAGAAGCUCCACGGAAACAUCACCGGCAUCGGGAGAAAGACAAGACAGGAGAGCAAGAGAAGAGUGACAUGACCAAGGAUGAGAACGGGGAAUCUGGCACAAACAACAAAGAGGAACGACAGAGGCAACACAGGAGCCGCAGCAAAGAAGCGGAGGGGAGUAGCAAGGAAGGGAAAAUUGAGCGCAGCAGAGGCCAGGAAGGGGGGAAGAGGCAUCAUCGUCGUGGGUCAGUGGAGGAAGGGGCCGAGAAGGAGCACCGGAGGCAUCGGACUCACCGGCACUCAGCCGAGCGGCAAGGCAAGGAAGGCAACGGAACAAUCAAUGGUGCCAGAACGGAGCGGCGUUCACGUCACCGAGGAGGGUCAAGAUCGGGGAAUCGAGAAGGAGAUCCAGGCUCGAAAGGAGAGAAUGGGGAAGAGCCUCACAGACGGCACAGAUUCCGGAACAGAGCUCUGUCAACCUACGACCCAGCGGAGAAGGAGAAUGGGGAAAAAGAAGGAGAAGUUGGGGAAAAGGAUCAUAGGAACCAUCAGCCAAAGGAAAACCAGUGUGAGAUCGAGGCUGGGGCGAGUGUCAGUGUCGUCCCGGUGCAAACCCUGCCCAGCACAUACCUGCAGAAAGUGCCUGAACAGCCAGAAGAUGCUGACAAUCAGAAGAAUGUGACUCGGAUGACUCAGCCACCGCUGGACAAAACCACCACUGUGAACAUCCCCGUUACCAUCACUGCACCACCGGGGGAGACCACCGUCAUACCAAUGAACAGCGUUGAAUUUGAAAGUAAAACUGAAGAGAAAAAAGAUGUGGAUGGUGAUGACUUGACAAAAAAUGGGCCGAAGCCAAUCCUGCCUUACAGCUCCAUGUUUAUCUUGAGUCCUACAAACCCAAUCCGACGCCUGUUUCAUUACAUUGUGAACUUGCGCUACUUUGAGAUGGUCAUCCUCAUAGUCAUAGCACUAAGCAGCAUUGCUCUGGCAGCUGAAGACCCUGUCCAAGCUGAGUCACCAAGGAAUGAUGCUCUGAAGUAUCUGGAUUACAUAUUUACGGGGGUCUUUACUUUUGAAAUGGUGAUAAAGAUGAUUGACUUGGGUCUGCUGCUUCACCCUGGCUCCUAUUUCCGUGACCUGUGGAACAUCUUGGACUUUAUUGUGGUCAGUGGGGCCUUGGUGGCAUUUGCCUUCUCAGGAACCAAAGGCAAGGAUAUCAACACCAUCAAGUCACUGCGAGUUCUGCGGGUGCUAAGACCCUUGAAGACCAUCAAGCGUCUGCCAAAGUUAAAGGCGGUCUUUGACUGUGUAGUAAAUUCCUUGAAGAAUGUCCUCAAUAUCCUGAUAGUUUACAUGCUCUUCAUGUUCAUCUUUGCUGUCAUUGCUGUGCAACUCUUCAAAGGCAGAUUCUUCUACUGCACGGAUGAGUCAAAGGAACUAGAGAAGGACUGCAGGGGUCAGUACCUGGAUUAUGAAAAGAGUGAGGUGGAGGCAAAGCCCAGGCAGUGGAAAAAAUAUGAGUUUCACUAUGACAACGUGCUUUGGGCUCUGUUAACACUAUUCACCGUCUCCACGGGAGAAGGGUGGCCAACUGUAUUGAAGCAUUCGGUGGAUGCUACAUAUGAGGAACAAGGUCCCAGCCCUGGCUAUCGAAUGGAAAUGUCUAUCUUUUACGUGGUGUACUUUGUUGUCUUCCCUUUCUUCUUUGUGAAUAUAUUUGUGGCGCUGAUCAUCAUCACCUUCCAGGAGCAAGGAGAUAAAGUGAUGUCGGAAUGCAGCCUAGAGAAAAAUGAGAGGGCCUGUAUAGACUUCGCCAUAAGUGCCAAACCACUGACCCGCUACAUGCCUCAAAACAAGCAGUCUUUUCAAUACAAGAUGUGGAAGUUUGUGGUGUCCCCUCCCUUUGAAUAUUUUAUCAUGGUCAUGAUUGCACUCAAUACAAUUGUGCUGAUGAUGAAGUUCUAUGAUGCUCCAGAAGCAUAUGAAGAAAUGCUGAAAUGCCUGAAUAUUGUGUUUACAUCUAUGUUUUCAAUGGAAUGUGUGUUGAAGAUCAUUGCCUUUGGUGUACUGAAUUAUUUCCGAGAUGCCUGGAAUGUCUUUGAUUUUGUAACAGUAUUGGGAAGUAUUACUGAUAUUUUAGUAACAGAGAUUGCGGACACGGACAACUUUAUCAACCUCAGCUUCCUGCGGCUCUUCAGGGCAGCAAGACUCAUCAAGCUCCUUCGCCAAGGUUACACCAUCCGCAUUCUGCUCUGGACAUUUGUGCAGUCUUUUAAGGCAUUGCCUUAUGUGUGUCUCCUCAUUGCGAUGCUCUUCUUCAUCUAUGCCAUUAUUGGCAUGCAGGUAUUUGGAAACAUUGCACUAGAUGAUGAUUCCUCAAUUAAUCGACACAAUAACUUCAGAACAUUCUUGCAAGCCCUGAUGCUACUGUUCAGGAGUGCUACAGGGGAAGGCUGGCAUGAGAUCAUGUUGUCAUGCCUCAGUAACAGAGCCUGUGAUCCACGAUCUGGCCUCACCAAAGAUGAAUGUGGAAGUGACUUUGCCUAUUUUUACUUUGUCUCUUUCAUCUUCCUCUGCUCCUUUCUGAUGUUGAACCUGUUUGUGGCUGUAAUCAUGGACAACUUUGAGUACCUGACACGAGACUCUUCCAUCCUAGGACCCCAUCACCUGGAUGAAUUUGUUCGUGUCUGGGCUGAAUAUGACCCAGCUGCCUGCGGGCGCAUCAGUUACACUGACAUGUAUGAGAUGCUGAGACACAUGUCCCCACCUCUAGGCCUGGGAAAGAAAUGCCCUGCUCGAGUUGCUUAUAAGCGCCUUGUGCGGAUGAACAUGCCGAUCUCGGACCAGGACUUAACGGUCCAUUUCACAUCCACCCUCAUGGCCUUGAUUCGGACAGCUCUAGAGAUCAAACUUGCUUCAGGAGGGGUGAAACAGCACCAGUGCGAUGCUGAACUAAGGAAAGAGAUCUCACUGGUUUGGCCUAAUCUGUCCCAAAAGACACUGGAUCUGUUGGUGCCUCCUCAUAAACCUGAUGAAAUGACCGUGGGGAAAGUCUAUGCAGCACUCAUGAUAUUUGAUUUCUACAAGCAGAAUAAAAACAGCAGGGAGCAAGUGCAUCAACCACCUGGAGGCCUUUGCCAGACUGGACCAGUGUCACUGUUUCACCCUUUGAAAGCCACGCUUGAGCAAACCCAGCCUCCAGCAUUCAACAAUGCUAAAGCCUUCCUUCGUCAGAAAAGUUCAGCAUCACUUAACAACGGGGGCACGUUGCCAGCUCCAGAGGGUGGGAUCAAGGAGUCCAGUUCAUGGGGGACUCAGCGCACGCAGGACAUAUUUUACGAAACCAGGACACCGGCUUUUGAGCGAGGCCACUCAGAAGAAAUUCCCAUUGAACGGACAAGCAAACAGGUUGUAGAAAUGAGAGAAAUCAGCCCCACCUUGGCCAAUGGAGAGCACCAACCUGGCCUGGAGAGCCAGGGACGGGCGGCUUCCAUGCCACGUCUGGCUGCCGAAACUCAGCCCAUCCCAGACACAAGCCCCAUGAAGCGCUCCAUCUCCACAUUGACACCACAGCGUCCGCACCCCAUGCACCUGUACAACUAUUCCCUGGAGCGCAUGCCACCAGACCAGGUCCACCACCACCAUCACCAUCGCUGCCAUCGACGGAAAGAAAAGAAGCAGAAGUCCAUGGAUAGGCCCUCCCACCACCUGGCUGAUGGAGAUGCAGUGGCCCAGCCAGGAGAGACUUCUUCCAGAGAUAGGAAGCAGGAACGUGGCAGGUCCCAAGAGAGGAAGCAGCACUCCUCCUCUUCCUCUGAAAAACAACGCUUCUACUCCUGCGACCGCUAUGGGAGCCGGGACCAUUCUCAGCCCAAAUCUGCCGAUCAUAGCCGGCCCACCUCACCCAACGGGGGACCAGAACAAGGGCCUCACAGACAGGGUAGUGGUUCAGUUAAUGGGAGCCCCUUGAUGUCAACAUCUGGUGCUAGCACCCCGUGCCGUGGUCGGAGGCAGCUCCCGCAGACUCCAUUGACCCCUCGCCCCAGCAUCACUUACAAGACCGCUAACUCCUCGCCCGUGCACUUCACCAGUUUCCAAACCGGCCUGCCCACUUUCUCCCCGGGACGCCUGAGCCGUGGCUUGUCUGAGCACAAUGCUUUACUGCAUGGGGACUCCCAGAACCACUCACACACCAUGGUGGCCCGCAUCGGUUCUGACCCUUACCUUGGACACCGAGAUGAUAGUGACAGUCCAUACCGUGUUGUUCCAGAGGACACGCUCACCUUUGAGGAGGCUGUUGCAACCAAUUCAGGAAGGUCCUCAAGGACUUCUUACGUCUCGUCCUUGACUUCCCAGUCUCACCAAAUCCGCAGGGUUCCCAAUGGCUACCACUACACAUUGGGCCUCAACACAGGCCCUGGGACAGGCUCCAGAGGACGCAGCUAUUACCAUGAAGCUGAUGAGGAUGACUGGUGCUAGCAUAAAGGCAAAACCAUUGCAGGUGUGUGCUUUUAAAAUUGAUGAGUUUUAUCAUCUGGCAGGCUGUACACUCAGACACACUUGGUACCCAGGGCUGGGGAGUGAGGAAGCAACCCCCAGAAGGAAAAUCCCACCGCAAGAAGUGUGUCUGUGCCCAAACCUGACACUGUCUGAGACACUCAUUCAGCCUCUCUCUCUCUUCUUUUUCUUUUGCACUAGACAAAUUAAUAAAUAAUGGAAGAUCAUUAUUUGGGGAAGAUGGGGGUAGAGAGAGCAUCCUCUCUCCCUCUCCCUCUCUCUCUCUCUCUCUCUCUCUCUCUCUUUUCCCUCUCUCUGUCUCACCUACCUACUGCCUUGUCUAACGUAAUGACAUGCACCAGAUGCCAAAUCUGCAAAUUAUGUGAAAAGCUGAGAGAGAGGAGGUCUGAACCCUGCCAACAGGAAAAAAAAGGACUGUUGAUCCUUUUCAAGAUUGGGGUAGCUUCUGCUGGGCUUUUUUUUUUGUUCUUGUCAGGGUGGGCAUUGGGGAUGAGACUUGACAGUCAUGUACAAAAUCACAUCUGUAUUUUAUCUCGUUCAAAUGAUAAGAAGGAAGUGAUCUACCUAAGAAACUGAGAGAGGAGAAACACACAUCUGAACAGAGGACAAUCUUUUCAAGACUUGAUGUUCAAUAACAGCAAUUGUUUUCAAUGGAGCCAGUAACAAACCUUCAAGCUGACAAAGCACUCCGUCGCCUGUGACUCUCUGGUGUAACACUCUUCUGUGUGGAUUUAUUUUAUUUUACUUGCCAUUUUGGGUCCUUCACAUUGACAUACGAUAAAGCCACAGAGAGCUACUUUGUAAGGACUGUUUCCUUGCUGCUGGUACUUUUAUUUCUGUUCCUCUUGUCAACUGCAACACACCCUCACUGUUUUGUCUUGUUUACAAUAUAAGCUUGAUUUAGCAAAAAAGUAAAAAAAAAAAAAAAAA